AAGGCCAAGGUUGCCUGGGGGGAGGUUACUCAUCCUGAGCUCAGGUAAGAGGACCUGGGUUGGGAGGCGGCACACUGAGGGGGACGCUGAGGGAGCAGGAUCGAGUCAUGGACCCCGCCAGGAAAGCAGGCGCCCAGGCCGUGAUCUGGACCGCAGGCUGGCUGCUGCUGCUGCUGCUUCAGGAAGGAGCUCAGGCCCUGGAGUGCUACAGCUGCGUGCAGAGAGCAGACGACGGGUGCUCUCCGCAGAAGACCAAGACCGUGAAGUGCGCGCCAGGCGUGGAAGUCUGCACGGAGGCCGUGGGGGCUGUGGAGACCAUCCACGGGCAAUUCUCGGUGGCAGUGCGCGGCUGCGGUUCGGGACUCCCGGGCAAGAAUGACCGCGGACUGGACCUUUUCGGACUCCUGGCCUUCAUCCAGCUGCAGCAAUGCGCCCAGGACCGCUGCAACGCCAAGCUCAACCUCUCGGCACGAGCGCUCACCCCGGCAGGUAACGAGAGCGCGUACGAGCCCAACGGCGCCGAGUGCUACAGCUGCGUGGGGCUGAGCCGCGAGGCGUGCCAGGGCACGGCGCCGCCCGUCGUGAGCUGCUACAACGCCAGCGACCGCUUCUACAAGGCCUGUUUCGACGGCAACGUCACCCUGACGGCAGCUAAUGUGACUGUAUCCUUGCCGGUCCGGGGCUGCGUGCAGGACGAGUUCUGCACGCGGGACACGGCCACAGGCCCCGGAUUCACACUCAGCGGCUCGUGCUGCAAGGGGCCGCGCUGUAACGCCGACCUGCGCAACAAGACCUACUUCUCCUCUCGCAUCCCGCCCCUGGAACUGCUGCCCGCUCCUCAGUCCACCACCCUGGCCACAACCACCCGCGUCCCUACCUCCACCCCGGCCCGGCCCACGGCCGUGUCGACCAGCAAACCCACCCCAGCCUCCGCCAGCCAGACUCCUCCCAAGGAAGUGGACCCCGAGACCUCCAAGAAAGAGGAAUCCGGCUUGGCGGGAGGCGCUGCUGGCCACAAGGACCGCAGUAACAAGGAGCAAUACCCCACAAAAACUUGGACCCAUAAUACAGGCUCGGCGGCUCCCGCGGCGGGGCUGGCGGCUCUCCUGUUGGCUGUGGCUGCUGGCGCCCUGCUAUGAGCUUCUGCACCUGGAGAGCUCGCCCCGACCUCUCGCCCUCCUGCCCUCCUGCCCUCGCCUCGGGUACUCUCCCCUCCCUUCCCCCCGCUGGACUGGGCUGGCCCAGCCCCGGUUCUUGCAGUGUACCUCAGUACCCGGCUUCUGCUGCGCUGGUUUGCGGCUUGGGGAAAUAAAGUUGCCAUUGUAUAUAUUCCCCCGGGUGUUCGAGCUUUUUGAGGCAGCAGAUGUAUUCCCCUCAUGGUCAGAGGGACAGUGGGAGAGGCAGUGAUAAGCUUUCUCAUGGCCAACCUGGGCCUUGGGGCCGGCGCAUGCUGGUUUUUCCUCUGAUGGCUGCGGGCCCUGCCCCUCCAUCCUUUGGGAAUUGUUUCAGCGCUGUCUUCCUUGCUAGACUGUGAGCUCCUCAAGGGCAGGGACCGCGCCUUAUGCCUCUAUGUGGUCAGUUUCUGGAACAUAAAGGCCUCAAUAAGUUGAA